UAAGGGUGGAGUUGUCUUCUUGUCAUCUGUCAUCGUCGCUGUUGUGUUUUGAUCGAAGUCCGACUAUUUCGACGUCAUCAUGGCCAAUCAAGAUACCAGACCUGUUGUUAAAUACCUUUUAUUUGUCUUUAAUUUCUUGUUUUGGAUAUUCGGCAUUGCUUUACUGGCCAUUGGUAUUUGGGCACUUGUAGAACGAGAGAGCGAAACAAGCAUCAACUCUCACGUGGAUUUCUUCACAGAUCCUGCUAUUGUUCUUAUUGUUGUCGGAGUGGUCGCUUUUAUUCUUGGUUUCUCAGGUUGCAUUGGUGCGAUCCGGGAGAAUUGUGUGCUUCUCACCAUUUUCUACUUGCUUUUGCUCCUUCUAUUUGUUUUGGAAGUUAUGGCAGGAGUAUUAGUAUUUAUUUACUCAGAUGAGUUUGAACAAGAAGCCAAUGAUAUUGUAGAAACUGCGAUAAUGAGAUACAGACAGUCUGGCUACGAGGAUCUUACAAACUUCAUAGACUUUUCACAACGCACAUUUGAAUGUUGUGGAGGAGAGAAAUCAUACCAAGACUGGACCAAAAACAAGUACUUCAACUGUACACCUGACAACCCAAGUCGUGAGAGGUGUGGCGUUCCAUAUUCAUGUUGUAUCCAGACUGAUGAGGACAUUAUUAACACACAGUGUGGUUACAAUACACAAGAACUCGCUGCAGUUACUGCUAACGACAAGAUCUAUGUGGUGGGUUGUGUAGAAGCCCUACUGGACAACAUCAAAACAAAGAGUUACAUUGUGGGCGUUACUGUCAUAAUGGUUGCCGCAUUUCAGAUAACCGGAAUCGUUUUAGCGUAUGUUCUCUGUCGGGAGAUUGAAAAUGAGAAAGAACGCUACAAUCGCUCAGCACGUGCCCGUCUCAGUUAAAUGUGAUGUUUUUUUUUUACAUAAAACAGAAUUGCAUGUUCCGGAAUUGUAAUUGUUUGAACACUAUGCAAGAAAAUAAAAGCAGGGAAAUAAAGAGAGCAAGUUUUGAAGGGGAGGGGGGAAAUUGUUAGGAGUAUUAGAUACAGUAUUUGUGGACGGGUACAAGUAUUAAGGUGGGGUAAUAAUGUAAGCCUAUGUAUAAAGUACAUGACCUCAAUAUAAGUGUAGGAGGCAAUUUCUAUUGUCAGUGUGCAUAAAAUGGUUUGUAGUGAAUGGAAUUCUUUUUAUGAGAUGGUUGCAAAUAGUUAAUUUUUAGCUGCUCAGAGGUGUCUGUUAUAAUAUUCCAAUACUGUAGAGGACUUUCUUGUCUUAGGCACAUUUUUUACAUCAACUAUCAUAUUUUGAUUUCAAAGUUAAUUGUAAACUACUGUAACACUUCUCAUUAAAACUCAGUACUCUAUUUUGACCCAUGACCAGAAUAGUAGCCAAUCUUUGCAAGAUGAACUCAGUGUGGUUACUAUUGGCAAACAAAGUUUUAGGGGACUUUCCCCUUAGCAGAAUUUUAAUAACCUUAAUGUAGCGGAUGCUAUUUGAAGAUGAUGAUGAUGACAACAUUGUUUACAGGUGAUAACGCUUUUAAAACGGAAAAGGCCUGCUAUUUAUGAUUUUGUUGAGUUUGUAAAACAAGGUCAAGAUUUUGUUUACUUGUACAAUGAUUAUUUUUGUGAAUUUGCUGGCACAAUAACUAAGUGUUUGGCUAAAACUAUUGCACCGAAGACCUCGGUUUUAACGUCGCAGCACUGUUCGUACCACUCCUUUCAACACUAUACACGAAAAUCGUAUAAUUAAGAUCCAUCAUACCAACCAACAUAGCUCAACAGAGUAUGAACUCGUGUAUGGACUCAAUAAUAAGACCCAGACAGUGUCCGGUUUUAAUUGGAGUCGGAUCACUCUGCUCCUCGAAUAACAUUUGCAUGAGAGUUAGGCAUGAAUAAGGCACAAUUUAUUUGUUACAUGUCGGUACUGGGGUGAUCUGCAGCUGCCGCAGAUCCCCUUUGGCCCAGCCAUGAUUUCCAAUUUCGAAUAUUUGAAAUUGGAUAAAAAGAGGAAAAUUUUAUUUUAAUUUUAAACAUGAAAUUUGGGUGUUGUUUUUAAUACUUAAUGCUUAAUAAUAGUGACCCGGAACAUUAUUAGCAAAGAUACUAGAAAUACAAGAUAGAGUUCUCCACACAAAAAAUGUGUUCCACCGAAAUCCACCGAAAUGCAUGGUGGGAAUACAAACAAUGGGGCGCCCCGUACGACUGGAUCUAAAAAAACU